CCAACUCGCAGUUAACAGAGAGCCUCUAUUAGCAGUUACAGCACAAAAACACACAGAAGAAAGAAAACUCAAGAAAAAAAAAAAUGGAGUCUCUUGGCCAUGAAGCUUUUCCUGAUGGAGAAUGGGAGUCCUUUAGCAAGAUGUUCUCGGCCGAAGAGCUUGAUUUCACACCACAAUUUCUUGGUCAGCCUUCAUUUCUUCUGGAGCAUGAUCAUCAUGAGGGCUUGAAUUACGACCCUCGAGCCCCAUCAACUUUUUUCCCAACUUCUGAAGCUACCGAUAGUUUACUUUAUUCUUUAGGGAAUAUCAACUCUAAUCUUCAAUAUAUUUCUCAAGAAAGAAGCAAUGGUAGUAAUUGUAGUAGCAGCUUCUUUCUUGCUAAUCCCAGCCAUGACAACUACUACUUCGGCGAUGCUAAGCAUAUUCCAGUAGCAAAUCAUGAUGUUUGUGUGAUGGAUGAGAAAAAUAUUGGCUCUUUUUUUCCUGCGUUUCCCGACAUUGUAAUGGGUGAGACGGUCUGUAUCGAUGAAGAUCAUAUGAGUCCUCAUGAGGCGUCGCCAGAAGCCAUUGCUAAUAUUCCCGGCAACGAGUUGCUGCUGAAAAGAAAGUUUGAUGUGUCCGAGUCUCACACAAAAGAAGAAUACAAAACUAACUACAAUCAGUCAUCCGAGAAGACGAAGAAGAAACCUCGGGUUUCAAGAAAUGUACAAAAGGGUAAGAAAAAUGUGAAGUCAAAGAAGAACCAGAAGCCUAGUCAGGAAGAAGAGAGUAAUGCCGGACGUGAUGGACAGAGCUCUAGUGGUUGCACCUCCGAUGAUGAUAAUGCUUCCCAGGAGACUAAUGGAGGAGAACAUUCAGAGUCUAAAGAUUCUGCAGCUCUUAACUUGAGUGGGAAAAUGAGAGCCACUAGGGGAUCAGCAGCCGAUCCACAAAGCCUUUAUGCAAGAAAAAGAAGGGAAAGGAUAAACGAGAGAUUGAGAAUCUUACGAGGUCUAGUCCCUAAUGGAACAAAGGUUGAUAUCAGCACAAUGCUUGAAGAGGCAGUCCAUUAUGUGAAGUUUUUGCAGCUCCAAAUCAAGCUUUUAAGCUCCGAUGAUAUGUGGAUGUAUGCUCCCAUCGCUUACAAUGGAAUGGAUAUUGGUCUGAUCAGCCAGAAGAUUUCUCCACCACUAUGACUUUAAUUGAAGGGAUCGAUCAGCUAGCAGCUGUUGUAUUCAAUUAAUAUAUUAUUGUUACUUAAUUACAAUAACAAAAUGAUCAGAAAGGCUAUAUAUAUAAAUAUGUCGUUAAUUACUAAUUGUAAGUUUAUCCCAAUAAUUAUAAAUUCCAUGUUCGCUCA